AUGCAGGCUCCACCCGAGGCUCAUGAUAAUUCCUCAGAGCCGAAACUUGAUGACGGUUGUGCUCUGACAGGGUGCGAUAAAGCAGAAGAGCUACAGCGUUGCAGUGCUUGUAAAAUAUUCUUCUAUUGCACUCGCGAACAUCAAGUUAAGGACAGGCCCAAACACAAAUCUACCUGCACUGGCAUCAGAAAAGCAAGGGAUAAUCUUGAGAAGCAAAGGCAGGCUCUCAUCGACCAGCCCGAUUUCAGAAAUGACAACCCCUUCGAGAACCAUGUUGGGCGUUUUUGGAAAUUGCGUGAAACGCGGCCCUUCAUGAUGGCGCUGAGCAAAUUGGCCCAAGCUUUCCAAAACAGUAAUUAUCGGCCUGCACUCGAAGCCGAGCUCGAGGUCUGCAUGGAAUUACUGAGAUUAUGCCCAGGAGACAACAUGGGUGUGCGCGAAACUGUACCUCCGUUGUUUAUACGUCUCAAUAAGGACCAAGAAUGUUAUGAUUUCGUGAAGUGGUGGGCCACAACAGCAAAGGAAGGAGACUACGACUGGAGCACACAUGAUCGUUACCUCGAUAUCAAAAAUGCGGACAUAUUCGAGCCUUGCAAUUUCAUCAAUGAAAAGUCCCUCUGUGGCUCAUUAUCUCUCCACGCUUGUAUGAUGAUCUUGAAAAUCAAAGUCGUGGUGGAUUUGAUCAAACUACGAGCCACCCAGAAUCAAAUUGAGGAGAUGAGCGCCAAAUUUUGUUCCGAGACCGGUCCACCACCUGAGGAGCUAUUUUUGGGAAUCAAAAAGGAAAAAUGCAGAAGUUCGGCUACUCUUGCGCGUCCCGAGCUCUUUUUAGAGCCGAACCUUACGCCGAAAAUCAAUGCGCUAAGGAAACAGAUCGACUCAUUAUCGGAAUCUAUUGAUCGACAGAACAAGCACUACAUCCCUGCGCUACUUGGCCCCGACAUGGAGCUUGGCCCAAUUACGAUGUUCCAAAUGGGCAGCCCGGAAGAAAUGCGAAUGGCUUUGCAGCAUACUUGGUAUGCCUGGAUGGAAUCAUUCGGUACACUCGAUUACCUGGUUUUGCAACGUGCAGGGGAACUUGAUGAACAUUUCGAUCCUGAUGCUGAUAUGAAGGAUUCUUAUUGA